CCCUUCAUCUCACACAAUUCAGUUUACCGAGAGCCAUAGAAAUGGCUUCUUCUACUCAGUUCUCCCUCACUUUCAAACCCUCACCGUCACCGCUCUUUUCCAACUUCCCUCGAACCCGGUUCGGUCCUUUCACAACCGCUAGGCCAAUCGCUUCCCGUUUCAAAGUCCUGUCUAGUCAGACCGGGUUCUUCACUCGGCUCGGCCGGUUGAUCAAGGAAAAGGCCAAGAGUGACGUCGAAAAGAUCUUCUCAGGUUUCUCCAAAACCAGAGACAACCUAGCCGUCAUCGACGAACUCUUAUUAUACUGGAACCUCGCCGACACCGAUCGCGUCCUCGAUGAACUUGAAGAGGCUUUGUUGGUAUCCGAUUUUGGGCCAAGAAUUACUAUUAAAAUAGUGGAACGCUUGCGGGAGGAUAUUCUAAAUGGAAAACUUAAAUCAGGAAGUGAAAUAAAGGAUGCAUUGAAGAGAAGUGUGUUGGAUCUCUUAACAACGAAGGGGAGUAACACCGAGCUUCGACUUGGAUUCAGGAAGCCAGCCGUGAUCAUGAUUGUUGGCGUUAAUGGAGGUGGCAAGACAACAUCACUUGGAAAGCUGGCUUAUAGACUAAAGAAUGAAGGGGCAAAAAUAUUGAUGGCAGCAGGGGACACAUUCAGAGCAGCUGCUAGUGAUCAACUAGAGAUAUGGGCUGAGAGAACUGGUUGUGAGAUAGUUGUAGCUGAAAAAGAGAAUGCCAAAGCAUCAUCAGUGCUUUCGCAGGCUGUGAAAAGAGGUAAAGAGCAAGGUUUUGAUGUUGUCUUAUGUGACACAUCUGGACGCCUUCACACCAAUUACAGCUUGAUGGAAGAGUUGAUAGCAUGUAAGAAGGCUGUCGAAAAAGUUGUUCGUGGUGCACCUAAUGAGAUACUACUAGUUCUUGAUGGGAACACCGGAUUGAAUAUGCUUCCUCAAGCUAGAGAGUUCAAUGAGGUUGUUGGAAUAACUGGUUUUAUUUUGACAAAACUUGAUGGUUCUGCUAGAGGUGGCUGUGUGGUCAGUGUGGUUGAUGAGCUCGGCAUUCCCGUGAAGUUUGUCGGUGUUGGUGAAGGUGUUGAAGACCUUCAACCUUUUGAUGCGGAGGCAUUUGUUAAUGCCAUAUUUUCGUGAGAAAUAUUGUUGGAUUGUAAUCGUUUGAGACCAGUUUGGCCGAUGUCAGGCAUCUACAGGCAUAUUGUUGUAAGAACUCAGUCACAAGAGUACUCGUUCGCCAGCAAGGAUUAAAAAAGGCGGUUCUGAUGUGUGAAAAAGCUUCAGCAACAUAUGUGUGAAAAAGCUUCAGCAACAUAAUGAUGAUGCAAAUUUUUUGGUCUAUACAUUAUUCCUCUCCCCUAAUAUUUGAGCAUUAUGAUCUUGUCUUCAUCAAUGAGCAAAUUCAUUAGUUGAUAAGUACAAAACCAAAAGCUCACGCUUCUAAGAAAGAUUAGUAAAUGAAAAGUGCUAUUCAAAUA